AUGCUCAUUCGCCGAUUGGACAUAGAGAAUUCCAGAGGGUGCUUGAGUAGUAUUCAUUCUGAUCGCUGGGCCGAGAACAAUAUUCGUGUGACGUGUCCAAUGCAUUCAAAAGUGAAGUAUGUGGACACGACUGGGGGAAACGAUGGUGAUGAUGACGUCGGCGAUGAUGAGGGCGAUGAUGAUGAUGAUGAUGAUGAUGUGGGCGAUGAUGGUGAUGGUGAGGGCGAUGAUGAUGAUGAAUAA